UACUUACUCUAGUGUGCUAGCUUUGUUUUCAGUUUUGCAUUCCUAGUUUGAGCGAGUGUGCUCUGCUAGUGCCCUGCGUGAGCUGCUAUUGUGUUCCUGCGUGAGUUGUGUAUGUUGCUGGUAUUAGUUAUUAGGUGACACUAGCUACUCAGCUAGUGCUUAGGAAGAGCUUGAGCGUAAGUUUUCCAACAGGCAGCACCCCAGCAGCCACCGCCCCGAGCGGCUACACCACUCUUAACCCAGCACCCGGCAGGCAGAUCUCCUACCCCCUUCAUCACACCUACCGCCCCCCGAACCCACCAAGGCUCAACGCAUCGGCCCCAAUGUCCACCUCGACCCCCAUCACCAACCCGAGACCGUAGUCCCUACCCCCCACCCUAUGGAGGUUGAGAUCAAGCUCCGUCUCCCCGAUGCUGCUGCUCACCGCCGCCUAUCCUCUUUCCUCGCACCACGCCUCCAUUGCAUCCACCCCCAGCGGAACCUCUUCUUCGACGCCGCUAUGUGCCCGCUCGCCACGGCCAAUGCCGAGCUCCGCGUCCGCCUCUACGGACCCAACGAUGCCCCCACACUCGCGAUUCUUGUGCUCAAGCGCCGCCCGUGCAUCGACGCUGGCGUUAGCCGCGUUGAAGAGAUCGUGGAGACCAUCGACACCACCCUCGCCCUUGCGUGCGCCGAUGACCCCGCGCGCCUCGGUGGUGUUGACUCCUCGAUCAUCCAGCUUGUCGCCAGAGAGUACGGCGUCGGCAGGGAUGCCGCGCCGUUCGUCUGCCUAGGCGGCUUCCGAAACACGCGUGCCGUCUACAAGCUCGAGGAGGACGGCGAGGGUCUGGGGCUCGUGCUGGAGCUCGACGAGACGCGAUUUGAUUUUGGGACACGCUACGAGCUCGAGUGCGAGACUGAGGAACCUGACCGGGCCAAGGAGGUGCUGGAGCGGCUGCUCACAGUGGCUGCCGUGCCAUAUGAGUACUCCCAGAGCAAUAAGUUUGCCUGCUUCAUGGCUGGGAAGCUGCUUCAAUGACUAGGCAUGUGUUCCCUCGCUCCUAAGGGCCACGACAGGAUGACGACGAGCUGGUCGUAGCAAACCUUACUCGCAUAUAUACUCAGUGCGUCACUGCGUUGCACGGAUGAACCAUGCCUGCGCGAUGAGUAUAUUACUUACUAAAUUGAUGAAAUCAUUACCGGAGAAAUCGCCUCUAGUACUGGUUCUAAACCCCCCUCUAGUACUGGUUGUGCAACCGGUACUGGCCAUCCGGUACUAGAGGGGAUUCUUUAGUACCAGUUCAAAUAAUCGGUACUAAAGGGCUUCCACACCACGUGAGGGUGUGCCCUCAUUAGUACCGGUUGGUAUCCCCAACCGGUACUAUUUUUUUCCUUUUUUUCCUUAUUUUUUGUUACUUUAUUCUAUAUUUGUAUUUCGUAUUAGUUUCUUUACAUAUACUAGUUGUAAUACGCUAAUAUAUGUAAAGUUCUAUUUA